UUUAUAUGUUUGAUUGGAUUUUUUGGAGGAAAUUCGGUGAUAUAUUUGCGGAUUUUGUAUCUGAAGUCAGAUUCUUUGUCAAAUGGAUUAAUUUGUGUCGUAAUUGAGAUUUUGGCACACCUAGGAUAAAUCUCCCAACUGCUAGAGGUUUUUGUUAUCUCGCAUAUUGUUAUUGGGUAUUUGCCGGGUUUUUUUUUAUUGGGUUGAGGCAUUAUUCUUUCUAUUCCACCAGUUGGAUCUGGAUUUGGUGACGGAUAUCUAUGAAGCGAUGGUUUGGUUUUAAAAUCCAACUACAUAAAGUAUUGAUAGAAUCUAAUUAGGGUUGUAUGUAAGUCUUCUCUUUUAGUUGUGUUUUUGAAUAUUCGUUUUUGAAGUGUGUCUGAAUUUUCCUUGCAGCGUUUAUAUGUAUCUUAUCUUUGAUUUGAUCAGUUUUGAGUGGUGAAUGAUUGGAUGCUCUCAUAUAUUUUUGUGUAGGAAUUGUGUUGGUGGAUGUGUUAUAUUGUGGAGGAGUGUUGCUAAUCUGAAAGAAAUACUACUUGUUCUACAAUCAGUUUGUCUAUCUUUAAUCUAGUGAGCCUUAAAUGAGUGGUAGGGCAUGUGGGAUAUUGAGAGGAAUGACGUGGACCAGACACAAAAGUUCUUACCAGUGUACUCCUCUUUUAGUGCCGGAUGUUUCUGUCUGGGGAUGUAGUGUGCCUAGAUUGAGGAGUUCAUUCAGACCUGAGGCUGUGUAGUAGAUUUGGUGCAAUUUUAUUUUUUGAGUUUUUAUUUAAGUUUGUUAAAGUACUUAGGAACUAGUUACACGAAAUAUAUAGCUAACAAGACAAUGUAUAGUUCUAUAGAGGUGUUUGCUUGGGAAAAUUGAAAGGGAAUCGUAGGAGAGUGUAGCAUUACAAGCUAUUGUAACAGAAUAGUAUAAUGGAAUGUGGUAAAGCAGCUUCUGGUGUUAAGAAAGGCAAGAAGAAACAGGUGAAGGAUGAUCUAGACCGCAUGAAACAGGCUGAAAAGAAAAAAAGGCGUUUGGAAAAAGCUCUGGCUACUUCUGCUGCCAUUCGGUCCGAGUUGGAGAAGAAGAAGCUGAAGAAGAAAGAAGAACAGGACAGGCUGGAUGAAGAAAGCGCCGCUAUAGCUGAGGCUGUGGCACUGCAAGUCCUACUUGGUGAAGACUCUGAUGAUUCAAGUAAGGGGUUGCUGAAGAAGCACGAAGAACUGCCAUUCUGGCAUCAUACCAAUGAUCUCAGCAUCUUUAUGGGGGCAGAAGGACUUCCGUUUGUUCAUUGUCAAGAUUUAUCCAGUUAUUCAAACGAGAAUGUUGCUAGCACUUAUGACGCUCAUCAGUGUGGGCACAUGUGGAGUCUCGGGAGAAAUUCUCAUUUCUUGGAUUCAUCUGAUCUCGGGAGCAGCUUCUAUCCUCGAUACUGGGGAGAAGAAUAUCUUGCUGCACAGGCUGUUACUUCUCUUAGCAUAGUUGAUGAGGAUGAUGUAGGCUGUCUUGCUUUCAACCGUAUGUAAGUAUCUCGAAAGGGUAAAUUCGAAAAGUAUGAGUUACUUUCAUUAUAUAAAUCAGGGUGAGUUCACCUGCCUGUAUUCUCCAUAACAUGAUAUUGAAUCUUAUUUUGAUUCU